GCGUCGCCUCUCUGCGGCUGUGGUCGCUUCCGGCCGCGUCCAGGGGGACCCGGGCUGCUUGAGCCCCGGGGGGGGGGGGGUGGCGGCGGAACCCCGAGCCCGCGGGGCAUUGGGGCGCACCUGUCCAGCUGGCGCGUGCCACACCCACCGCGCCGCGCUCGCCCCCUCCCCCGCAAAGCCGAGCGGGGAGCGGCCAGUCCCGCGCAGGGGGGUGCGCGCCGGAGACUCCCGCCCCCCAUCGGGUAACUGGACUCUCCGCCUCCUCGGCCCCCAACAAACCCCACCUCGGCGCCGGAGGCAGUCGGCGCGCGACCUCGGGCCCCCCCAGACCCCGCGGCCCGGCUCUCUCCCCGCGCGGGCGCGGUCGGGGCGCGCGGCUCGGCACAGGGCCCCCCCAGUGCCCGCCGCCCGGACGCGGAGAGCGGGGCACCGGGACGCGCUGGCCGGCGUCGGGGCCCUGGCCGGGGGCCGGGCGGGAGCCGGCGCGCCCCAGCGGGAUGCGGGCGGCGAGAGGGGGCGCAGAGUAGCCGGCCGGGCCCCGGGCUCGCCCCUCCUCCCGCGCCCUGGCGCUGCGCGGGGCUGCCAUGGAGGUGCCCAACACCAAGGACUUCCAGUGGAAGCGCCUGGCGCCGCUGCCCAGCCGCCGGGUCUACUGCUCCCUGCUGGAGAGCGGGGGCCAGGUCUAUGCCAUCGGGGGAUGUGACGACAAUGGCGUUCCCAUGGACUGCUUCGAGGUCUACUCCCCCGAGGCCGACCAGUGGACCGCCCUGCCCCCGCUGCCCACACCCCGCGCCGGGGUGGCCGCCACCGCCCUGGGGAAGCGCAUCAUGGUGAUCGGGGGUGUGGGCACCAGCCAGCUUCCCCUCAAGGUCGUGGAGAUGUACAACAUUGACGAAGGCAAGUGGAAGAAGAGGAGCAUGCUGCGCGAGGCCGCCAUGGGCAUUUCGGUCACAGCCAAAGAUUACCGAGUGUAUGCAGCAGGGGGCAUGGGCCUGGACCUCCGUCCACACAACCAUCUCCAGCACUACGACAUGCUCAAGGACAUGUGGGUGUCGCUGGCACCCAUGCCCACGCCGAGAUACGCCGCCACCUCCUUCCUGCGAGGUUCCAAGAUCUACGUGCUGGGGGGGCGGCAGUCCAAGUAUGCAGUCAAUGCCUUCGAAGUCUUCGACAUCGAGACUCGCUCCUGGACCAAGUUCCCCAACAUCCCCUGUAAGCGGGCCUUCUCCAGCUUCGUGGCGCUGGACAGCCACCUGUACAGCCUGGGCGGCCUGCGGCAGGGCCGCCUCUACCGCCAGCCCAAGUUCCUGCGCACCAUGGACGUGUUCGACAUGGAGCAGGGGGGCUGGCUGAAGAUGGAACGGUCCUUCUUCCUCAAAAAGCGGCGCGCGGACUUUGUGGCCGGCCCCCUGAGUGGACGGGUCAUAGUGGCCGGAGGACUUGGGAACCAGCCCACCGUCCUGGAGACAGCGGAGGCGUUCCACCCCGGGAAGAACAAGUGGGAGGCGCUCCCGGCCAUGCCCACGCCCCGCUGCGCCUGCGCCAGCAUCGUCAUCAAGAACUGCCUGCUGGCGGUGGGGGGCGUCAACCAGGGCCUGAGCGACGCCGUGGAAGCCCUGUGUGUCUCCGACUCCUAGUGGCCCCCUGCCCCCCCCCCGCCCCGCCUGGCUCCCCUCUGACAUGAAGACCAGCCCGUGCCAGCAGCCCGGGCUACUGAGGCUGGGACAGGUCCACGGCCCCCCGCCCCUGGAGUGCCGCCCCCUCCAGGAGGGGGACAGGCGGUGGCCGGCCAGCCAGAGGAUGAGCAGCUGUGCUGUCUUUCCCUGGCUCCAGCCAGCUUGGUCUCGUGGGCUGGAAAACUGGGGUGGACUCGUGGACAGGGUCGGGGGAGAUGGGUGGUCAGCCUCUCCCCUCUCCCGUGGUCAGCAUCCCCUCCUGUGGGCUGUCCCUCUGGGCCUGCCUGGCUCUCGGCUGUCUACACAGCAAGAAUCGCCCUGCAGGAUCCGGGGAAGGGAAGUAGGCUCCCGAGGACGGCUGCAGCCCGGACAACCCAGGCCUCUCGGGGUCCUUACCGGGAAGGUGGGCCCGGAAGGGACACCCCACCCCUCUCCCCCACUUCUCCUGUGACCCCUCCUAGAGUGUGGGAGGGGGGCCUCAGCAGUCUCUGCGAGUGUCGACCUUCUCACUCACACUGUGUACCCCCAUCCACCAAGGCCGGAUGGCCGCACUCUGGCUAACCGCACAGCACAAUGAUUAAAAUCUAUAUUC